AUGCAAUCCAACAAUUCUCAAGCAUCCCCCCAGAUAGAUUCGCUGCUCAGUCGAAGGCGGCAAUUCUCCUCUCGUGUCAGGAAAUUUGUCUCUUCCCAAAGCAAACCUCGCCCACAUAGCAAUCAGCCCAUGGCCGACAGAUAUAUUCUACGUGUAACGGCAGGCCCAAGCUACGAUGCCGCCACCCACGUCGAGGUGCCGGUGAAUCAGCCCGAGCCAAUCCGAAUCCAGAGUGACAGUGCACAUGUUGAGCUGAAUAUCAGGAUUCGAGACUAUGGCGGUUUGCCCUUGGGGUCGCCCGCCACAUCGCCCUACUUUGAGACGGAGCCGCACGCAAAGAACAACGACCAGUACAGCAUCUCCUUUAGAUUUAGGCCCCUAAAGCCCGCUGCCGCCGGAGCUUCUGCAAGAAGUGAUGAUGAUAGUACCGGGAGCGACGAUAGCGACGCCAGCUCGGGGCCGAAACGAGAGGGCAUCAGCGGCCACGACCUCCAGUUCGGCAAUGACUUUGAUCGCCCAAUUCGAGACAAGUUACCCCCCGGCUUCAACACCGCCAUGGGAAUUGUUCGGUGGUGGAUCGACCCCGGUUUGGAUGGGGACGCCUACGCUGAUAGACCCUACUUGUAUGGCCCUGCCUUGAGCUCUUUCAACUCCAUUCAUCUCGGUCCUGGGGAGUAUGUAGAGGAGAAAGGUGGCCUGUGGUUCGAAGAGGGCGGCGAUGAGGAAGGGAUGGAGGCCCGUCAGGCCUUUGGCGCUCCCGCGGACAGCAAGGCUCGUAUGAAGUGGGCGUUGAAGGAUGACAGCAAAAGCAAAUGGGUCUUUGAGUAUGGAAAAUCAUAUGGCUUAGACUUUUUCAAUCCCUACCUCGAUUUCACCAACUUGGCUCUAAACCUGCCUGGCUUCCAGCUGCCUAUCGUCAAGUACUGGGAUGGCCAGGGUCUAAGAUACGUACUGCGAAACAAGCAAACAGCAGAGGCAUACCUAGUCGUCGUAUUUACCAUCUAUCUUCGGGAAGACGUGAACGAGGAUGGCACGCUUAAAGAAGGUGCCGCUGAUCGAGUCGCAGAAAGGGCAAGUAAUAGUGAAAAUGAAUAUAGACACGAAAAGCAUGACGAGGCGCAGGUUUUACAACAAGCCAAGGAGGAGCCAGCGCCCGAUGGCGGGGUUGGGGAAACAAGUCCAGAUGAUGUCGAUUAA